AUGGAAAAGUCGGGCCGAGAAUGGCGGAGAACUACAAAUUAUCACAAGACCAAUGAUAAAAUGCAACUAUUCUCUUUGUUGAAAUUUCUGUUGACGAAGCAGUAUGACUUGUUGUUCCUUAUUUAUAUUCAGUGGUGUGGUGAUGUUUGCAGGAACAGUAAGGAUAUACAGCUGAGUAAAUCCUUGUCGUGGCUUUUGCGACACGGAGCGGUGAAGGAAGGAUUCGACUUGAGGGUACAAGGAUACAUUGACAUUGAAAAAAUAUUAAAGCACAAAUCAUUCAAACAGUACAGCAGCAGUGACAUAAAGCUGGUCAUCCAAAAUAAUGAGAAACAGAGAUUCCAACUGAGAGUGAACGCUGACACCGGGGCCACAGAGAUCAAGGCUAACCAGGGACACAGCAUUGACAAAGAUGACGCGGAGUUGACUCCUAUUCUGACAGUGAGCCAAUACCCUACAGUUGUCCAUGGCACUUACACAAAUUGCUGGCCACAGAUAAAACAGAGCGGGCUCAGCCGAAUGAGAAGACGCCAUAUCCAUCUUGAAGGUUUAAAUACAGAUCGGACCGUAAUCAGUGGACUGAGGAACAACGCACAGACAUAUUACGUUAACUUGAGUAAGGCGCUGGAGGAUGGUAUAAAGUUCUACGAGUCGGAUAAUGGAGUCAUACUGACUCCGGGCAAUGACAACGGCUUGUUAGAGGCCAAGUAACUUUGAUAGAGUCGUUGAAGUUUGCUACAGGUUGGUGAUUUGUUUGCACUAUUUUAUGGGUUCGAAAAAUCAUAUAUUUUUUUUUAUUAAAAAGUGAUCGGCGAUUGGCUCUAGUCACACGUGAUGGAAAGUGAAGA